AUGAGUACUAUCACUACUCGAAAUCAAUGUAAUGAUCUUUCUCGAGAAAAUAAAGAAAAUAACACAUUAAUAUGGUUAGAUCAAUCGAUCAAUGAUUCCGAGGAUUCAGUGCGUAUUCAAACAAUAUUACGUGAACUAAACAAUUAUGUUCAAUUUUACACUGAUCUUCGGCUAUGUAUCAACUAUAUUCACUCCGUUAAAAAUGAGAAAAUAUUUCUUAUUAUCUCUGGAUCAUUAGCUCAAACAGUACUACCGGACGUACAUUCAAUACUGUCGGUUUAUUUCAUUUUUAUUUUCUGUCAUAAGCGUGAAAAUCAUAUGACACUUUUAAAUCAAUAUUCGAAAAUUAUUAAUAUAUUUACGAAAGUAGAUACAUUAACAAAAUCAAUUCGCGAUAUCAUUCGUUCAACAUCGAAACAAACUUUGGCAUUUAACUUGUUUGAUCAACAAAAACAAAAAACAGUACGAGAUUUAUCAAAUGAUUCCGCUUCAUUUCUAUGGUAUCAAUUGUUAAUCGACGUUUUAAAGCAGAUGCCACAAACUGAUAAUGCUGAACAGGAAAUGCUCAGUUAUUGUCGUAGUUAUUAUGAAAUAAACGACGAUAAAAAUGAACUUAAAAAAAUUGAACUAUUCUAUCAAACAUAUAAAUCGAAUAAAGCAAUUGAAUGGUAUACGGAUGAAUGUUUCCUAUAUAAACUGCUGAAUAAAGCUUUGAGAACAGAAGAUAUCGAACUCCUCUAUUUAUUCCGCUUUUUUAUUAUUGAUCUAUGUGCUCAGAUAGAAUGUGAUAGUAAACAGCUGUUGGACAUCGAAACAUUAACACUUUAUCGUGGACAAAAAAUAGCGAUACAAGAAUUAGAAAAAUUAAAACAAAAUGUUGGUAUUCUAAUAUCAACAAAUGGUUUUCUUUCAACAACACAAACACUUAGAGUAGCUAUUGAAUUUACUAAACUAACACGUGAUACGGAUGAAUUAAAAACAAUUCUGUUCGAAAUAAAAGUUAACCCAUCACAGCUUAAAACCGUUAUAUUUGCUGAUAUAGAUCAAAAAAGUACAAUGAAAGGUGAAAAAGAAGUUUUGUUCAGUUUAGGAGCUGUAUUUAAAAUCGAGUCAGUCGAAUAUGAUACAGAAAUGACAUUAUGGAAAAUUCAAAUGGUGGCAACAGACGAAGGAUCAAAAGAUGUUGAAGAAUAUUUGAAGUUACAAAAACAAGAAACAGAAGAAUAUACACCAACUAUUUUAUUCGGUCGUCUUCUACUGAUCGAAAUGGGACAGAUUGAAAAAGCUGAGAAAUAUUUUUAUACAUUACUAAAGACGUUGCCUAAGGAACAUGCAGACUUGGCUGCGGUUAUAGAUCAAAUUGGGAAUGUAUUUUACAAAAAAGGUGAUUUAAACUCAGCAUUAGAGAAGUACAAAGAAGCAUACGAAUUACGUUUGAAGCGUUUACCGUUUGGUCAUCCUCAUUUGGCAGCCUCACUGAACAAUAUAGCGAACGUGUAUGACGAUCAGGGCAACUGUGAACAAGCCUUGAAUUACUACGAACAAGCUAAAGCUAUUGAUGAAAAAAAUUAUUCGGAUAUUGAUCACUUAAAUAAAGCUCGUACUAUGACCAAUAUUGCUUUAGUAUAUAAAAAGAAAAAAGACUACAAUACAGCCCUGAACUACAUGAGAAGAGCUUAUGAGAUGCAUAAAAGGCUUUUGUCGUCUCACCACCCAAAAGUUGCAAACAGUCUUUGGAAUAUCGGUAGCAUCUAUGAUAAAAAAGCGGAAUACAAUCAAGUACUAAAAUAUUAUACUCAAGCAUUUGAAAUUGAAACGAAGAUUUUGCCUGAUGACCAUAUUGAUUUAGGUAAACACUUUGCAUGGAUCAUUGACAUAUACAAAAGGAAAGGUGACCAUAAUGUCGGACUGGAAUUCUGUAGAAAACAAAUUGCGCUCCUAGGUGAAAACCAUUCUAGAACUGCUCACAUUUUCAUGAGUAUGGGUAAUUUAUUUAUUGAAAAAGACCCUGAUCAAGCUCUUAGCUAUUAUGGACAAGCCUUGGUUUGUACACCAUUGGAUCAGGCAACGAAAAUGAAAUCUCUUCAAGCUAUCAGUACACUCUAUUAUAAUUAUGGCAUGUUUGAGGAGGCUUUAACCUAUCACCAAAAAGUGCUAGACAUUCAACAAAGUCGAUUAUUCUCCGAGAAUCAUCCAGAUAUCGGCUGGACAUUACAGUGUCUGGGACAAUGCUAUUUUCAAAUGGAUAAUUAUACAGCAGCGCUUAGUUACCUACAAAAAGCACGACAAAUUUAUGAGUCAAACUACUCGAGAGAUCACGAGAAAGUGACAAGAAUUCAAAAUGACAUAGAGCGAGUAAAAACAACAGAGAAAGGAAACUCUCUUCCCCUACAUUGGUCUCCCAGUAUUUCUCCUCCAUCAUCGAAUACUUCUAUCACUAACACAUCCAAAGUUGUCGUUAGCUCGCCGUUACGGGAUGUUAACAAUAAACAAAGUAAAACAUGCACCCUACAAUAA